CACAGAAUGAUGCAGGGAGCAGCUGAAAGGCGGGGUUCGUUGUAUAAUAUGUACGUGUAGUAACACACGUUCAGGGUGAGGUUCUAGGUGACAGUUGUUUUUCACCCCUCGCACAGAAAACGAAAACUUGUCCAUCUUUUGACGUCUUGCCAUAAAUCGUCUACAAUGGGCGAAAUCGACUCCAAAACCGACGAGAUGGAGCGUGCUGCGAGCAACAACAGUUCACCCUCUGCCAACGCUAUGCCAACAACAGCCGUCGCAGUCGAGGAGAAGAAGACGUUUUGGCAGACAGUGAAGACUCCCGGCUCGGUUUGGCAGAUCAUCUUUGCCGCUGUUUUGGCCAUUGCCAUCGGUCUCGCAGUCACUACCACUGUUGAUGAAGUACCCGAAGCAGCAAUUGUUCUUCUCGCAGUCCCCGGAAACCUUUGGUUGCGCGCCUUGCGAGCAGUUGUACUCCCUAUGAUCGUGACUGCCAUGAUCAUGGCUGUCCAGCGCUUACGAAACAUGACCCAAGGAGGCGGUGCGGCCGGCAAACUCGCCCGCUGGACUGUCGGAUAUUAUGUCAUUACCACGAUCAUCGCUGUUGCGCAUUCUGCUCUGCUAGUCGGCCUGGUCUGGAGCAAACUGUUCAACGUUGUGUCUGGCAGCGCACUGGAAGUUUCCGAAAAAGACCAGGAGCUCGUUGAUGAGAGGAAGGACGUCGAGAUCCACGAUGUUGUUGUUGACAUGUUCUAUUCUCUCGUCCCCAACAACAUUGUCAACGCCUUGGCUACCGACGCUCUUCUUUCGGUGCUGAUCACAGCCAUCGUCCUCGGAUAUGUUAUCAAGCCGGGAGGUGCCAUCUAUCGAGCGGUCGAGGAAGUCGAAGUGAUAAUCCUCAAAGUUAUCACUGUCCUUAUCCAUUUAGCGCCGAUCGGUGUCUUCUUCCUCAUUAUGCCCAACCUUUUCCGCCUCAAUAUUGCUGAGAUUGGCACGAACCUGGGUAUACUCAUCGGAGGAACGCUAUGCGGCAUGUUUAUCCAUAUAUUUGUCCUCAUUCCCCUCAUCUUCUUUAUUAUCACUAGGAGCAACCCGUACACAUACUGGCUCAAAAUGAGUCCUGCCUGGGUCACUGCCUGGGGUACUGCAUCAAGCGCUGCCACUUUGCCCGUCACUAUUCGUUGUGUGCUGAAGCAGGGUAUUCCCGUUACAGUUACCAAAUUCUCCGUCCCACUUGGUUGUCUGAUCAACAUGGAUGGUACUGCGAUUUACUUCCCAAUCGUAGUCGUUUUUCUAGCUGCUACUCAGGGGAUUACGUUGAAUGCUGCAGAUUACAUCAUUGUUAUUCUCCUCUCGACUCUGGCCUCUAUUGGAACGACACCAAUCCCGAGCUCCAGUCUAGUUCUGGUAGUCAUGAUUGCCACUAGUGUCGGUGUGCCGAUCACUGGAAUGUACGCAGUCGUCAUUGCGAUUGAUUGGUUCUUGGACCGCUUCAGGACGGCUGUGAACGUCAGCUGUGACGCCUGGGCAGCCAAAAUUGUCACACACGUUACAAGGAUCAAGGAUGAGGAUGGUGUGACAUACGAUGAGGCUGAGAACAUCGACCCGAGCACGUUAGGACGCCGGGAGGAUGACUCCAAGGUGUAAAAGUAUGUAAUCUGCUCAGGUUAUUCUGUAGUGACCUUUGCAUAGACUGGGUGUUUUCUCGACAGUUGGGUGAUAUAUAAUGCCAUUAUCUUUCAUUAAAUGUAAAAUGAUCUAAGUCGCCUGG